ACGUUUCUUACGUCGAUUUACAUACGUCACAGGACGAGAGCCGGAGAUCAGCGGCGUUACGACGGGUCCCGAAGCCGAAGGUCAGCUCCUCUCGCCGGCUUCACGACGCACAGAACCCGGGUGUGCUGUGACCGCGUGGUGAACACAAUGGACGGCUUUGAGAACUUCAGUGCGUCGGAGAAAGCGGAGGCGACGGAGCUCCAGCGCAUGAUCGCGAUAGAGCAACAGAAGGCGCAGUUCCAGGCCCAGGUGCACACCUUCACCGACGUCUGCUGGGACAAGUGCGUGGACAGCCCGGGCUCCAAGCUGGACCACCGGACGGAGACGUGCCUGGUGAGCUGCGUGGAGCGCUUCAUCGACACCACCCUGACCAUCACCAACCGCUUCACGCAGAUGGUGCAGAAGGGCGCCCAUUGAUGAAGAUGAUGAUGAUGAUGAUGGUGGUGGUGGACUUAAAGAUUACGUGAAUUAAAUGUUUUGUAUUGAUGGCG